AUGAGCGAAGUUUUCGGCGAGUACGAGAGGCGGUACUGCGAGAUUUCGGGGAACGCGAAGCGUCAAGCAGCGGCUAUCCCUUCCUUACCGGCAGAUGCCAGAGAGCAACGAGCCAAGGACGUCAAUGCCUUGUUGGAAGAGGCCGACUCCCUCAUCCGGCGCAUGGACUUGGAGGCGCGCAGCCUGGCAGCGGCGCAGAAGGCGGCGCUGCUGGUGAAGCUGCGCGAGUACAAGGCGGACCUGCAGACACUGCGCCGCGACCUGCAGAGAGCACUGCAGGACGCCGCUGCCUCCGCCAGUGAGGCCGCCAGGGACCAGCUGCUGGGGAACGCAGGGGGACAGCCGGGGGAGGGCAUGUCGCAGGAGGAGCUGGCGGUAGGUGGACUCCGUCUCACCUCCUGGUGCCAACCCCAUCAACCUCCUGUCCUCUGCACUGUGUCUCCCACACAUCCCCUUACUCACAUCAACCGUCACUUCACACUCUGUGCGGUGCAGGCAACGGGGGCACAGCGCAUGCGGCUGCUGGGGGCAACGGAGCAGCUGGGGGAGUCGUCGCAGCGGCUGGAGGCGAGCAAGAGAGCGCUGCUGGAGACGGAGGAGCUGGGAGUGAGCAUUCUGGAGGACCUGCACAACCAGCGCCAGACACUGCUCAACGCACGCGAUAACGUGAGCUGGGGCACCUCUGUUGUGUGUGACUGA